CGGCGGGCGGGGAUGGCGGAGCAGUGGGAUCUGGACGAGGAGGGCAUUCGCCGCCUGGGGGCGCUGACCCUGGAGCAGCCGGAACUGGUGGAGUCUCUUUCAUUGCAGGGAUCUUAUGCUGGAAAAAUCCAUUCCAUUGGCGAUGCCUUCAGAAAUUUUAAAAAUCUCCGAUCCUUAGAUUUAUCAAGGAAUUUGAUCACUAGCCUAAAGGGUAUCCAGUAUUUAUGUUCACUCCAAGACCUGAAUUUAUAUUAUAACAACAUCCCUUCAUUAGUGGAAGUGUCCCGUCUACAGCCUUUACCCUUCCUCAAAGAACUAGAUUUGAGACUCAAUCCUGUUGUAAGGAAAGAUACAGAUUAUAGGCUCUUUGCUGUGUAUACGCUGCAAACUCUGGAGAAACUGGAUGAUCGAACUGUACGUGACAGUGAGAGGAAAGCUGCCAAGCUGCAUUUUAGUCAAUUGGGCAACAGUGAAAAUUUUCUAUUAGAGGUGGAAAAAAGCUCUAGGGUGAAGACAACAAAAAACUGUGUGACAGAUGAGGGUUCUGCAUCAAAAGUCAAUACUGAUGUUGACACCAGGAUUGAAACAGACUCAAACAAAGGAUUUUUUAUUCCCUUCCCCAACCGAGAAAUAAUAGAGGAUUCGCUAACCAGUACUUCUGCAACCCAGGGCAAUGGUACACCAGGUCAGAAAUCAGAUACUCUCCCACUGGGGACACAGAUGCAGGAAGUGAGAAGGGAGAUGCCAAGCGACAACCACCAGGGAGAUGAAUUCAGACAUUACUCUCCUCGGCAGUCUGCAGUCCGGUCCCCAGAGAAGAUGACUAGAGAUGGAUACCGAGUAUCUUUUUUGGACAGUAAGCCAUCAGUUUCUUCUCCAGAAAAGGACUUGAUACCAACACCUGAUACUUACCAACUUAUCCAUGAUGACUCAUUGGGUAAACGUCUGGAUGUGGGUGAUUCCAGCCAGAUCCAUCCCUAUCAGUUACCUUCCAAUGUUCUGGAAAAUUAUGAUGGUCAUUUUUCUCAAACUCUACCCCUGCAUGGAAAUAUUAGUAAAAGGCCUCAGAGAAGCAAGAAUUACCGAGAAUACAACAUGAAGCCUUCAAAUGACAUGAAGGCCACUGUAUCCCAUUCCUGUGGAGACUUACUGACUUCUCUGUCAAACCCAGACUCCAGCUCUGGAAGGCUUUUGAAGCUUAGUUCAGAUCUGUAUGCCACAACCCAUUUCAACAGUGACCCUGCUUUGCUGGUCAAUGUCGAGCAACAAUUAUCUAGCAGCCUUGGUGAUUUAACACUAACACAAGGAUCUUUCUCAAACAACUCAGUCCUGGGAAACUCUCUUCGAAACCUGCUGUUGCCCCCUGGGACUUCAGAAGACAGAGAAAUUCUGACCAAGGGGUCAGUAAGCCCAUCAAGGAGAGGAUUCAAGAGGAAGGACAAUAUUCUUGCCAACCUGAAUCCAAAGCAUGGUUUCCAAGAUGCAGCAGGCAUCGAGCCUCUCUCUAGUGACCUGGGCAGUUUGCAUGGUUUGCCAGGAAACCACAGUCCCCCGAUCUCUGCCAGAACCCCCCAUGUGGUCACUGUCCUCAGACAGCUCCUGGAGCUCGUGGAUAAGCACUGGAGUGGCUCUGGCUCCCUCCUUCUCAACAAGAAGUUUCUGGGUCCUGCCCGAGAUUUGCUUCUGUCUUUGGUUGUCCCUGGUCCUCCUCAGCAGUGGUGUCGCUGCCAUCCUGAAGACUCUGGGAAAACCUUCCACAGGAGGGAGAGUGAACUGAAAGAGACUGGGCAGCUGGUCCCUAAUGACAUGGAAAGUUUGAAACAAAAACUGGUCAGAGUGCUGGAGGAAAACCUCAUUUUGUCAGAAAAAGUUCAGCAGCUGGAGGAAGGUGCUGCCAUCUCAAUUGUGAAUGGACACCCAUCCCCCACACAUGAUGAUCUUCUGCGCAAAAACCAACAGCUGACCAUGCAGGUGGCUUGCCUGAACCAGGAACUUGCCCAGCUGAAAAAGCUGGAGAAGACAGUUGCCCUUCUUCACGAAAGUCAGAGAUCCCUGGUGGUGACUAAUGAGUACCUGCUGCAGCAGCUGAAUAGAGAGCAAAAAGGUUAUUCUGGGAAAGCACUGCUGCCUCCUGAGAAGAGCCAUCACUUGGGGAGAUCGUCACCCUUUGGGAAAAGCACACUGUCUUCCUCCUCACCAAUGGCACAUGACACGGGUCAGUAUCUAAUACAGAGGGUCUCAGAAGCUGUCCCAGAGCCUAGUUUGUGGAGCUAGCACUGAACACCUUCACCGCCACCUCCCUCUCAUCCACAGAGGGCUCUUGGUGCCAUCGUCACAGUGUGGUGGUGUCUAUCCCCCAAAGAUAAAGAAAAAGCUUGUUCUGAUUA